AUGCUACGAUCCCACUCUCUCUUCGCGAUCGUGCUAGCCUUGAGCUUUUUCUUCAAUGGAGCUCAUUCAUGGCCUUGGAGUAGAGACAGAGUCAUCGGCUAUGCAAUGGUUACCGGAAGGCAGGCUAACCGUCUCAAUCAAUUCAACGACUUGCGUGGAGAGAGAACUUCACAAUCUCAAACAGGACCUGGCUUUUACCUGCUAAACAAGCCUGGCUGGAGAAAUGACCAAAGGAGAACAGGGAAUUGGUAUUGUGCUAUCAAAGCGGAUAAGAAGAGAACAGACGAUAUCAGGAAAGUAUGGAUCCCGCGAUUCUACAAUCAUGAGAUUGCAGAAGGUCGUAUUAUACAACAAAACUUAUGGGGCGAAAACGAGACACUCAUUACGGAUUAUAUCGAGUGGGAGGCAGGGAUGCACAUGCCUGAUCAAAUUCUGCGCUUCUCAUGGAUUCAGGCUACCCAUUGGCAACAUCACAUGAAUAUUCCAUCGUUCGUAGUAGACAACGUUGAUUUGGGUUUACGGCCCAAAUGCUUUCAGACAGAAGAUGAAAUGAAGGCAUAUUCGAAUGAUGAGAUUGAUUGGGAAAAUAUUUGGAGCAUUCCUCCCCCCGUAAUAGGCCCACCGCUUUGA